ACGUGUAGCAGAAGGGAGCAGAGCUGCACUGUGUCGCUGUCGGUACUGUAGAGGCCACCAUCCAUCCGUCUCAACGCGGGGAGAAGUGAGUUGUGGCUUAAACCUGCAGUUACCAGCGAAGACUCAUUCGAGAGGAGGUGGCAGCGCAGUGCUGAAACGACCAAGCUUGGGAGCAAGAGAGGCGGAAGGAAGUGCACUUGGAGGAGAGCAUCUACUAGCAGCUAGGGGCUAUUGUGUGCGAUCUGUAAGCCGAGCUCUCAAGCAACGGUAAGCAUCUUGAGCUAUUAGCGGAGGUGUGUGGGGUGCAAACCUUCUUACAUGUUCUUCGGAUGAGAGUGUGUAUAGAGGGAGAGGCGUAGAAAGCUGGAGAGAGAGCUGUGUAUGCAGAGAGACAGAGACAAGGCGUAGAGAGGUGCACAGGUACAGAGAGGGUCGCACGCGUCUCGCGGACGGAGAAGGGAGGGAGUUGGCUGUUGAAGGCUCAGAGAGAAGCGGGCAGAAAUGGCGGGCGAUUAUGGGGGUGCAAAACCGAAGAAUUUGGAGUUGACACCGACAUACCGAGUCGCAAUCGUGGUGUUUGUUUUUGUCGCGAUCUCACUAGCAUUUGAAAAAGGUCUUCAUCAUCUGGCUAUGUCGAUGAAGAAGAGGAAGAAGAAGGGGCUGUACAAGGCAGUCGAAGUGGUGAAAGACGAGUUGAUGCUCCUUGGAUUCAUCUCUCUUAUACUGACCAUCUUCCAGGGCGACAUUGCGAAGCGGUGUGUGCGGAAAGCUGAUAACUUCGAUUGGCUGCCCUGCACAAAAAAGCAGGCUGAGAAACUUUACUACAAAUACUACGGUGGCGAUACUGAGAGUACUUCUGCCCCUACUACUCCUGCUGGACGUCAUCUGCUAGCCACUCCUAGUGGGGACACGUGUGCGCCGGGGCAUGAACCUUUUAUGUCUUACGACGCCAUGCAUUACGUGCACUACUUCAUCUUCAUCCUUGCCAUCGUCCAGGUUGUUUUCUCGUCGAUUGUGUUCGUUAUGAGUUUCCUUCGCAUUCGGAUGUGGAGGAACCGAGAGGAGUAUGCCCAGGCGCAUGCAGCAGAACUCGAAGCAAUGUCUCAGGAAGAGCGUCUUCGCUGGGCGGGCCUCAAGGAGCACAGGUCAGUCUUGUAUGCGGUCGAUGAGAAGGCCUGUUGCCCCACAGCUACUUUCUGGCUUUCGUCCUUCUGUAUGCUCUUUUUCCGCUCCGUUUACCGUGAGAACUACCAAUCUUUACGGCUGCUCUUCAUAUCGAAGCAUAACCUCCCCCUGAAGUUUGACUUCCACGAGUUUUUGACUCAAUCUCUUGAGGAAGACUUUGCCAAAAUUGUGGGACUCUCCGUACCCAUGUGGGUGAUUCUCAUGCUUGUUAUUCUCACCAAUGUCGGCGGUGCCAACCUUUACCUCUGGAGCCAGCUCGCAUCUGUUUUCUUCCUCAUUGUAGUAGGAACACAUCUCCUGGGCAUCAUGCGAACCUUGACGAGGGAGAGUAGCACAGGCACUGGGCACUUCGUGGCCAUGGACCCCAGGCCAACUGACGAGUUGUUCUGGUUCUCCAAACCCUCUCUGGUGAGGCAUGCCCUACAUUACAUCCUCUUCCUCAACUGUAUAGACAUCUCGUCAUUGAUUUUCUUCUGGUGGAAGUUUGGACUGGAUAGCUGUCUGCUUGGAGAGAGGAAAAAGUCCGUUGUACGCAUCACCUUUUCCCUCGUUAUUUGCAUCGUGAUUCUCCACCUUUGUGCGUACGUCAUUUUGCCAAUAUACGCUCUGGUGUCGCAAAUGGGCUCUGAAUUCCGUGGGAAAUUGUUGAGUGACAAGAUGGAGCAGGCUGUCACAAGUUGGAUGAGAACCGCCAAGUCCAAGGCCGUGGCUGGUCAGCAGAGAUCAGAUGCUGGCACACCACCUGCAACAGCGCCUCUGCGUCCUCGGCAACUGGAGAUUUCUACGCUGCUGUCACCUGCAGCUCCCAGAAGUAUGGCCAGGGAUGGAGAUAAGGUGUAAAAGAGCCCUGGACUCUUCAUUUCGACUACGGAUGAAUAGGUAGGUGUACAGAAGGCAGGCUGGUUCGGUGUGGCGUCCUGCCAAUCCACUUCUCAGUUGCUGAUCGCUGUUUCUCCGCACCGUUGAGAGAGCGUGCAUGGUCGCACCAUUGUUAAACUGCGACUACCUUUACGAGGCAACAUCCGGAAUCGAAAAUUGUAACCUUAAAAAAACUUGGGAUGAACAGUGCUGCCGGAUCAAAAGGGCUGGUGGCGCCAGCCAGAAGGACGCCAUGGUGUUUUGGCAAAGCUUGGCGCGCAGGGAGGAUCCGCCUCAGCAAAAAAGGGGAUCGGAGGUAGUCGUGGCUUAAGAUGUCCAUCGGUCAUGUGGGGAUGCUUCUUGUUGUCAUUGGCGACAGGGAAAGACAGUCUGCUUGUUUUGGGGGGUCUAUGUCUUAAGUGAGCAAGGUGAGCUGCAGCAGCGAAAUGAACUUUUCAGAAACGCUCGAGUGCUUCAGCAAAUGGAUGUGGCAGCAAAAGGGUAAUGCUGGGUACUCCGGUGCAUGUUCUGGUGCGCAACGUGUCCUGCCCGAGAUGCGAAGUGCCGCACAUCAUGCGUUCGUACUGAAGUAUAGGAUUGUGCCUCUUUUACGGAGCAAUGUGACAGCAGUGACGAUCAGGUAAGACAAUGGCCAAGAUGCGCAUGCAAGUAGUGUUGCCUUUUCCUCUGGGCAGAUUUUCCCUCCUCAGUCAUCGGCGGUAAACCAAUUAAAUUGGGUUCUUACUACUUAGGAACUACUCUCACUAAGCACUUCCCCACUGAUUCCAAUAGUGUUGAAGGGAUGGUGCUGAAUCUAGGGAACGAGAGCGUAGGACUUGUGGUUUUUCAAAGUGAUACUGCAAUUGAAGCAGGAAAUGUUGUCAAACUCAAAUAUAUUAGACCUAUUCUUUUUAGACCUAUUCUUUUCCUCUGGGCAAUUGCCCUCCUCAGCUAUUGGGGGUAACUCAAUUAAAUCGGCUUCUAACUUCUGAGGGGAUAACUCACACUAAGGACGUCCCCAACUGAUUCCAAUGGUGUUAAAGGAACGAUGCCGACUCUAGGGAACGAGAGUGUAGGACUCGUGUUUCUUUUCAAGUGAUACUGCAAUUGAAGCAGGAAAUUUUGUAAACAGGACCAAAAGCUGUGUAUAACAUCGUGUUUUUUAUUUUUUGCUUUUUUUUAGAUGAUAGAGUCCAGGUUGUAGAGGCUUGUGUUUUAGGUUAUGGGCGAUUUAACUUUUUAUCGGAGGUAGACGAGCAGUUAAUUCAUUGUUAUGUCACAACCGGCAGAGAACGCUACUGGUGGUUUACACCACCAGUCCGCCGUCAGGUCCCCUGCUCUGGAAAUAGGGCCUACGGUUUGCAGCAGGGAUCCAAAAAGUUUUAGGCCCAGUGGUCACCACUGGGAGCAAAAAUCGCCCCCCGAAAACAUCAGCACUCAAUCUGUGCAUCUUAUUUUUUUCAUAUAUUUUUCAUAAUAUUCACAUUUUUUGUGAAUAUUGCCAAGUGUGAAAAACCAUCGAAGUCCGUGCGCUCAACUUUUGCA